AACGGAAAUGUGCCAUCAUUUGGAUAGCUCAUUAUCCAAAUUUCAUGAACAGGAAAAUGGCAAGUGGUGGCUUUUCUGUUGCUUUUAUUUCAGUGGAAGACGAGAAUUGUGGAAGAAGUAAUGAAGAUACUGAAAUAGACCCUGUGCAACCUCUUCUUGAUUGGAACUGCGUUAUUUGGUUCCCAUUCUCAUCUGCGAGUGCAACCAAGGAAGAGGAGGAGAAGGAGAAAGUUCACGAGGAUAUUGGUUUCAUAGUAUAAGAAAGGUAAGUUUUUUUCUAU